AUGGGUCGAGAUGAGCUUCUCGUGUGGAUUUUUGAGGCCCGCGUAUGGCAACCCAAUUCACCUGGGGAGAAGUUCGUGACGGAGACGCACUACGACGCCGAUUUUGCGCGCAAGCACAAGCUGAUGGCGACGUUUCACGACAUCUACGGUGCCGCGGACCAAGACCCGCUCGACCUCACGCCGAUGGGGUGGAAGGAGAUGAUCGAGAACGUGAUCCAGAUCGAGCUGGUUACGAAGUGA